CAAUUUAUAGAAUUUGUGUGCUAUGCCAAUAUUGAAUUAAUAAUUUUAAAUAGUUAUAUUAGUAUUAAAGUUAUAGCAUAUAUUUAUAAUAGGAAGGUUAAAUAUAAACAUUAAUAUUAUUUUGUUUCGUUUGAGAUUACUAUGAGUAGUCAUGAUAAUAGAUAUGAAAAAAUCAAAUUUUUGGGAGAAGGACAGUUUGCUACAGUAUAUCAAUCCAGAGAUACAAGAGAUGAUUCCAUAGUAGCCAUUAAAAAAAUUAAAUUAGGGUCAAGAGCCGAGGCCAAAGAUGGUAUCAACAGGACAGCUCUUAGAGAAAUAAAAUUAUUACAGGAACUGAGACAUGAGAACAUCAUUGGUCUAUUAGAUUCAUUUGGUCAUGACUCAGAAGUAUCCUUAGUAUUUGAUUUUAUGGAUACUGAUUUAGAAGUAAUAAUUAAAGAUACACGAAUUGUUCUUACACCAGCUCAUAUUAAAUCAUAUAUACUUCAAACAUUUUUAGGUCUUGAAUAUUUACAUUACAACUGGAUUUUACAUAGAGAUCUGAAACCAAAUAAUUUAUUAGUUAAUCGUAUUGGUAUUUUGAAAAUAGGGGAUUUUGGUUUAGCAAAAUUUUUUGGAUCACCUUCUAGAGUCAAUACCCAUCAAGUGGUAACACGCUGGUAUAGAGCCCCUGAACUCUUGUAUGGGGCUAGACAAUAUGGAGUUGGUAUAGAUCUGUGGGCAGUAGGCUGCAUUCUAGCUGAAUUACUACUCCGUGUUCCAUUUUUACCAGGUGAAAGUGAUUUAGAUCAGCUUACGAGAAUAUUUCAAGUUUUGGGCACACCAACAGAGGAUGAUUGGCCUGGUGUAUCAACUCUGCCUGAUUUUAUACAGUUUAAAACAUUUGUUCCUACUCCAUUAAGACAUAUAUUUUCUGCUGCUGGCGAUGAUUUGCUAGAUCUUAUCAGCAAACUGUUAUCUAUGUACCCAAUUAAGCGUGGUAAUUGCACAGAGAUUCUGAAAAUGUCAUAUUUCAGCAACAAACCCGCACCAACAAUAGGAAGCAAAUUGCCACUUCCAUCUUCAUUUGAUAAAAUUCAAGAAGAUAAACCUAGUUUAAAACGUAAGAUGCUUGAGAAUAUUGAUGGAGGUACAUUAGCCAAAAAACUUCAGUUUUAGUUCUAUAAUCUGACUGAACUAUUAAAUAA